AUGUCGAUCCCCGAGACCUACAAAGCGUUCAGGCGCACCACCGGCGAUCUACCGAGGACUAUCACCCCCUCAACUGAACAGCUGCCCCGAGAGCUCGGCCCGCACGAUGUCCUCCUCAAGAUCCACGCCGUCUCCCUCAACUUCCGUGAUGUAGGCAUGCUGAACGGACGCUACCCGAUAGAUGUGAUCGAGCGUGGCAUCCCGUGUUCCGACGCAGCUGCUGAGGUUGCUGCCAUGGGAAGCGCCGUGAAAGACUUCGCCAUCGGCGACCACGUUUCGGUCAUGUUCGAUCUCAGCAAUCUAACUGGGUUCGAUGAUGAGCCGGGCAGAGCACUUGGUGGUGACGUUGACGGUGUUCUGGGCGAGUACGCCAUUUUCGAAGAGAAGAACAUUGUGCAGUUGCCCAAGCACUUGUCGUGGGAAGAGGGAGCUACCAUCGCGUGUGCCGGCGUGACAGCUUGGACUGCGCUCGACGGCCUGAAGGCGGCGAACCCGAGAAGCGCCCUCUUGCAAGGCACGGGAGGCGUCAGUUUGUUUGCCCUGCUGAUAUGCCUUGCUGCGGGUAUUCAACCCAUCAUCACGUCUUCAUCCGACAAGAAGCUUGAAGAUAUUCAAAAACUCGGCGCCGAUGUCCGUGGCCUUAACUACAGGACCGUCUCUGACCAAGCCUCGGAAGUCAAGCGCCUUACGGACGGCAAGGGUGUCGACUUUGUUGUUAACAACACUGGGCCGGCGUCUCUUCCGGAAGAUAUCAGCUUCUUACGGCAACGGGGCGGCCUCGUAUCUCUCGUUGGCUUCCUAGCCGGCACCGAUGGUGACUGGAAGCCCAGUGUUAUCAUGGGAUUGAUGGCCAAGUUCGCAACGUUGAAGGGUGUUGCCGUGGGUUCCAAGGAGGAUUUCGUGGACCUGAACCGGUUUUUGGAGGAGAAGAAGGUGUCCCUCGCCCCGCUCGUCGACCGAGUCUUCACCUUCGACGAGUCGCCGGCCGCUUUCGACUAUCUGUACUCGGGCAGCCAUGUCGGCAAGGUCAUCAUCAAGAACAUUCCCGUGCCAGGUUUAGCCGCCUGCAGCCCCACGAUUUCGGUCGAGCGUGCAGAAACAACGCGCGACUCGGCGUGGGAAACGGGGAUGCGGAACCGACGGUUGUUUCUCUACCCACGCUGCCACAGCAGGGACUGUCUGUGUACAGAUUACAGACGACAUCCCACUAGAGAGAGGCACAUGGAGAAGCUGCAGCACCAGGGCCUCGGACCCAUGGCCUCGUCCGACUUGAAUCUGUGCGCCCCUGCCGAUUAUCCAUCAGUAACCUUCCUCGAGUGGGAGGGAGACCAACCGUACACGGCAUCUAGUGGCAACUACAGCUCCGGCACCCAGUAUGAGGUUUCCCCGGUAGAACGCCACGGCACCCCGGGGGCCUUCUUCCCCGGCAGCAGUCAGCUCUCAGAAUCGGACUAUCGAGCCACGCCCCCGCCGGUUGCGCCCAUGAGGGCCACCGACACCAAAGGCAUCGGCCGGGGAGGACGUGGAGGGAAGCCGGCCUCUUCGGCAAGUCCCGCAACAGGCAAGUCUAAGCGGGUGCGCACGGGAUGCCUUACGUGCCGAGAACGCCAUCUCAAGUGCGACGAGGGUGUCCCGGAGUGCAACAAUUGCCGAAAGAGCAACCGAGAAUGCAGGCGUGGGAUACGACUCAAUUUUAUCGACAUUCAGGUCAAGGACCCGCCAUACCUGCCCCCAACCACCGAGUGGUCAGUUCAAAUCCUGGACGAGUCGCGCCUGAUUGCUGCAGAGUAUCGAGGGGGCCUAGGACGAUAUCCUGAAGUCGUCUCCUCGACGCCGGAACCAGACUUGGACGCAAGCCGUCGGGAGCCCGAGCGAUCAGAUGCUCAAACCGUCAGCCAUUUCUUGUCUGCCACUAGCGGCGGCGGAGAUACAUCCGUCAUUCGUGACCAGUACCACCCCCAGCAUGUCGGGCAGCCUCCACCCCGCGGACCGCCGAGCCACCACGGCAGCCCGCCAGCCCGGCCAGGUCUGGAGUCUUCGUCACUGGAUGCUCGGUCCGCGCCACGGCCGCAGCUGGGCCCUGGGGGGUUCGGCGAGGAUGCUUUCUCUUUCGCUUCGCUGCAUGACCCCGACGGAGUCAAAGGACUAAAGUCACAUACACUCAACAUUAGGAACCGCGAUGGGUUGACCAUUGGACCACCAAACGAAUUCCGCUCUGCUGCCCAGGCGAGCUCUAGCCGGCAAAUUGGCACCCCAACCGGGCUUAUGACGCCCUCGAGCGAGAAUACGACGGGUGAACGGGACUACCUAAGCACCGCAGAAGAGAUCCACUUCAUGCAGGUCUUCAUCGACGAGGUGUCCAUCUGGAUGGACGCUUUGAACAAGGACAAGCACUUUGCCAAUACGGUGCCAUAUCUGGCCCUCAAGUUACCCAUGCUGCUCAACGCCUUGCUGGCUUGCGGUGCCAGGCACCUGACACUAACAGGGCAGCACAGCGGCGAGAAAGCGGACUAUUACUACAACAUGGCGACCACGCAGUUGCUCAGCCAGCAAACACGAGAUCGCAAUUCCAGCGAGAACGCCCUCACUGCUGUCGUUCUCACCGCCUACAACGUCAUGACCGACCGACCUAACGACCGGAUGGGGCACAUCGCCUCGACCCGCGCCCUCAUCCGCGAGUGUGGCUGGAAUGCGUCUUCCACGGGUCUCGCCGUUGCUUGUUUCUGGGUCAACGUCGGCAUGGAAGUGCUCAGCUGUAUCUCCUUUGGUUGGCAGACGGCCUGGGACCCCGAUCAAUGGGGGCUGGACCUGGAGUUUGCCACCCUCGGGGCCGCAAGCCGGAGCGGCAGCCGCAGCGUGGCCGGGAGCGACGACGUCUGGAGCGUGCGAGCCGAGGGCCACCCGGUCGCGAACGAUAGCCUGGAGACGGCCGAUGAGGAGGAGCUCUACCUGCACCGCAUAUUCUACAUCAUGGCCAAAGUGGCCAACUUCCGCGCCAACACGCCGCAGUUCCAGGAGCCGUCCCCUCACGACGAGCAAGUGCGCCUGCAGAACCGCUUCGCCGAGUGGCGGCGGCUGCAGAAUAUGUGCAACGCCUGGAACCUCAACUGCCCACGCUCGAUGCGGCCGUACGGGUAUCUCCCCGAGCCGUCGUCCAAGUCUCUCUUUCCCAACGUGUGGUGA